UCCGCUAGCAACAUCUUUGCCAGCCAAGCAGCUCAGCAAGCGGACCGACUUGGGUCGUACACAGCAUAGCCACGUCGGCUCCCUAGGUAUAUCUUUAGCAAAUCGCAGUAUCGGGAGCGCGCCAGGAUGUCAGCAGGCAGGAGGAGGUCCGAAGGAAUAAGACAAAAAGUAGCACCAACUGUAGGAUUGGUGUCGGACAUGGAGCUGACCGGCUGAUGAAUUGAAGUCUACGUACAUAAAACGAAAGAACUAGUAGUACAGGUGCUAUUGCAGUUACACGUGCUACUUCUUGCACGCUAUGUUGGUGGAUUUACCGCUGUGUUUUCGUAGGGCAAUAGCUUGAAGAAAGUUGUCGGCACCGCUUUCGCUAACACGUAUUGUCGUUCGGUCGAAGAGUUACAAACGAAGCCUUAGCAACAGAAGUAGCGUGUCAGGCAAUCAGCGGUCGCCACAGGCUGAGCAUCGAAGCAGUCGUCAGCAACACAAGCAAAAGCUGCGAAUCACACCUUAGAGCAAUAGAAUAAUAUCAAGAAAAAAAAUCGGAUGGGGCAGCCUACAAGAAACAGUAUGAAAGUGAAGAAAAGUUUCGUUGACCAGCAACAGCGAGCUUGUUUCGAACAAUGUAUGAUUGGGCAAAGCCAUUUGUGGAGCACUAUGUGACAAUUGUCAUGAUCAAAAAGUGCGCAGCGAGUGCAGUGAAAUCGACUGGUGGGGUCGGUUCGUACAACAGUUGGUCAGUGGAAGGAAGGAAAGAAAAAAUCUGAACACAUAUAUAGAUUGGGAAGAACGAAAGCAUAUCGCGUCGGUGCGUUGUCAAUUCGGGCCAAGUUUCAAUACAAAGCAAUACUUCCUAUAAAAAACGUUAAGUGAAACGUUUGCCAGCCCAGAUGGUAUUAGUAGUACAAAUGAAGUGCCUGUUAAGAUACCCUGUUCCACUAUCAGCUGGAUCGUCUUUUUGAUGUUAUCGAAAAACGUGUAAAACAUAACAAAGUGUGUUGAAGUGAGGUUCGCCACGAUAUUUGUUGUAUCUAAUGGAUUUUUUACUCGUUAGUAGUAUCGACGUCAUAGACGACGAGACAGAGCAGGAACCGACACAACUGUUCCUGGCAGCCAACAACAACAACAUCAGAAGAUGUCAGGAAAAUAGUUUGUUCUUCUCGUCGUCCUGUUCUAUAUUCAUUUUAAUUCUGUGUGUCUGUCUGUCUGUGUGUGUGUGUGUGUGUGUGUGUGUGUGUGUGUGUAUGUGAGAGAGGUAAGACAGUGGCAGGAAACGGUCUACCCUGGAGAAAUCUGCUGGUUCUGUUUUGUCUGACCUACCAGUAUCAGAAAAACUGUUAUUACCAAAAGCUAGACCUUAAGGGAUUCUCGAGCGUGAUCUAGCCUCAGAUAUGUAAGACCAUACGGACGAAGGCACAUCGAAGAGAACGCCUAUCUGUGGCAUACUUUUACAGGCAGCUUGCCUAACAAUGAUGCACGUGAACAAUUGUGCAUUUCCCGAUCUGGCAUCGGUCGCGGAAAAAUAUGCUGCCUACCUUGGAGUUACAGCAGCGAAAAUCACUCGUAUUAACGACACUCAUCACGAAACCGAGCAGCGCACCAAUGCGACCGCACUCGCCGAACAGGUGCGCGCUCUGUGUGACAUGUCUAUGGAGCAGCAGGUUCGGGAGUACCUGAACCAGUGUAGUCAAGCGCAGGCGCAAGCAGCUCAAGCGCUUCAGGUUACCCCUGGCCUGGUGCCACCCGGUCUGGUAGGUCCGCUCGUACCCCCGACGCAUCCACUUGGCCUUCCACCGUUGGCUCCCCCUCCGCCCCCUCCAUCCCAUUCGUCACCUAGUCCGCAACACAAUAACACCCAUCAUCCCGGCGACGGCUCGCCACUUCCGCCGUCCCUAGGCGGGCUUGGACCACCGUCCCUCACGUCGCAUAGCGGCCACCUCUCAUCAUCAUCGCAAACAACCGCAGCAGCCGCGGCAGCAGCUGCUGCUGCAGCCCUUGCGGGACAUUCGACAGGUUCGAGCAGCGGUGGUGGCGGCGGCGGCGGCGGCGUCGGUGGUGCUAACAUUGGCGGUCGGGAUCGCGACCAGCAGGGUCCGGGCGGACCAACGCUCUCUGGUGGCCAGCAGGGUAGACAACAGAGCAGCCCUCCCGCGGGGGCCCACUUUACACAACACCAUCAACAGCAGCAACAGCAACAGCAGCAGCAACAGGCUCUGACGGCAGCGUUUGGCGGCGAACGUGGCGGAGGACCCCUGGGGGCCAGCCCCGGCAUUCCGCAUCCGUUAGCCGCCAGUAGCCCCGUGGCAGCGGGCGGUCAGGGUGGCCCAGCAGGUCCGGGUUGCCCACAACAGCAGCAGGCAGCCUCAGCCCCUGCGGCGUUGAAUCACACGAGCUCGGUCGGCAGCAACAGCGCGACAAGCGGAAACAGCAACCGGGUGCUAUCGAGAAACGCCAACGGGACCAUCGCGAUGACGUCUCAGCCGUCAAACGAGUCGGAGCUACAGCUGUACAGGGUUCUUCAACGGGCAAAUCUUCUUGCGUACUUUGACACCUUCAUAUGCCAAGGAGGGGAUGAUGUGCAGCAGUUAUGCGAGGCCGGGGAAGAGGAGUUCCUUGAGAUAAUGGCGCUUGUCGGCAUGGCCUCCAAGCCCCUUCACGUUAGGAGGUUGCAGAAGGCUCUGCAGGAAUGGGUUCAGAAUCCAGCCAUGUUUCAGAGUCCGCUAGUAUCCGGCGGGUCGGGAGGCCCCCCGACUGCAGCAACAGGGGGCGCAGCAUGUCCCUCUUCAGGUGGCGGCUUACCCCGGGGCCAGCUAACACAGCCUGGCCCCGGCAACCUCAGACCGCCUUCCCACGGCAGCAACAGCAGCAGCAGUAACAGCAAUAAUAACAGCAACAGUCAUAACAACAACAGUAAUAAUAACAACAGUAAUAAUAAUAGUAACAAUAACAAUAACGGCACUUCGAGUUUGCUGCCGCCGGGCACUUCGUCGACAUCAACAAGGGAUGGUCAAUUGCCCGGACAGAAAAGGCCAGCCUCAUCGGUCCUAGAUACUUCGACCACCCCUGGCUUGAUCGGCACCGGCGCCACAGUGAAUACACCUCAACAGCAACCACAGCAACAACAACAACCUCACGGGCUAUCAUUCAGUCUCCAGCAGAACGGAGGUCGCCUUUCACCGUCAUCGCCUUCAUCGGGAGGGGGCCUGGGCAGCGGUUCGGUUUCGUCCGUAUCGUCCGUAACGAGUUCUUCGUGUCUCCUCGACGAACAGCAGCUCACAAAGAUUGGGGACGUUGCCGAACUGCUCGUCAGAUCAAUUCUACCAACGCUCUCACCCUUCGACCUCAAGAACAUGAAAAAGAGAUUGCCCAAAGAAAUGGAGUUUAUCUUGACGAUGUCUGAGGACGACCCGCGCCGACUGGAAGAGAUUCGAAGAUGCGCGGCUAUCUACACAAUUCCACCGCAGCCGACUGGUAGCGGUAAACGUAAAGCUGCCUCGGCGUCGGCUGUUCCAGCUUUGGGUCCAUAUGAACUGGCAGUGAAUGAGGCAGCGGCCCAAAUCUGUCGUCACGUGCCUGCACUCCUCAGCCGACAUGAAGAGCUCUUUCCUCUGGCCAGACAGGUCGUACGCGACUGUGCGUUCAACCAAUUCGCGAAGACCGACGUCGAGUGUCGUUCACCCGCGCAGACGACGGCAGCGGGGACGCCAUCGGCGUCCAAGCGAGCCCGGGCCGCUGAGCUCGGGUUCCCCGCCGCCGACAAGGCGCAGGUGGAGGACGAAAGACGCAAGAGGCAAGAGAGGCUCGAACACAUCAAUGAACAGCUCAGAUCGCUGGGCCGUCAGCAGGAAGAGCUGAAACUACGACUGGGCGCGGUGCGUGACGUGGCGUUGGCCGCCGGCAUUCAACAGCAGCUGGAGCAGAUCUCGCACCAGCAGAUGCAAUUGCUUAAUGAUCAAAAUGACGUCUCCAAACAGCUUAAACGCAUCGAAAAAUUUAUGAAUAGUCCAAAGUUCGCGACGAUCGCGGCAGCUGCAGCGGCUGCGGCCGCGUCCAGUGGCAGCAGUUUGGCGCUCGGCGGCGUCGGUAGUGGCUCGAUAGAUGUGAUGAGCGUCAAGACGCCUGGCGGCCAGGACACCGAUGAUACGGACUCGCAGCUCAGCGCGCAGUCGUUCUCGAACGCCGCGUCGCCGCCUGCGCCCUCCGCCAACGUGGUCUCUGCCGACAUGGCCAAUCUUCUUGGCAAUUCGUCAGCAAUGCAUUCGCAGCAGCAGCAGCAACAUUCGUCAAUUGGAGGAGGAGGAGGAGGAGGAGGAGUAGCACCAGGGGGAACGCUCCAACAACAGCAGACGUCGUCAUCGUCAAUCGGCGGUGGCAGGGAGUCACCCCUGAUCGACUCGGCCGCCGCACUCUGGAAGCAGCAACAACUCCAACAGUUACAGCAAUCGCAACAGCAUAGCAAACAACAGCAGAAGACAAGUCAGCAGAUCACUAAGCAACUUGUACAAGAAACCCUGAUGGACGAAGGUCUUCGGGUGAUCCGAGAGCUAGCCAACCAGAUCAAGGGCUGCGCAGACACCGAGGCCCUUGAGGCGGCGGUAGUUGCGGGAGCCGCGGUCGCCGCCGUGGCCUCGUCACCCUCGUCGAUUAUGCCACUCUCGCUCACCUGUUCCAGCAAACAACAACAGCAACAGCAACAACAACAAGCGCAGCAGCAGCAAACCUCAGCCGAACAACAAAGCCAACAAACUAAUUCCACGACCACGUUAGCUGGCGGCAGCAGCAUGAAUAACAACGGUGGAAACAAUGCAAAUAAUAAUUGUAACAGCAACAGCAGUAAUAGUAGUGCCACGGGAAGGCCGCGAGGUAGGCCGCCUCGCCUGGACCGCGGAGAUUUCGUGGGUACCUCGAGGACGAUCUCAGGCUCUUCAGGACCCAGUCCACCGCCCCUAUCCGCCUCACCCCUCAACAUGUCCCGGCCUAGCUCGCGUUCCCCGAACCCACCACCAGUGGCCGGAGUGUCACUCGGUGCCAGCGAGCAGUCGCAGCAGCAAUCGAAAAACAACAAUGGAAGCAACAGUAGCUGUCUGUUAGACGGAAACCCCGCCUCGAAUGGGCAUCAUCACAAGUCGCACAAUGGAUCGGCGGAACCCGAAAACAGCACAGAGAACAGCCUGAACGCCUUGUUGGCUCUCUCACAGAAGGGUAUGCUAAAGCAGGAGCCGGGAUCUCCAGCUCCUUCACCCUCGCCGUCACAGCAGAGUAUCAAGAUUUGAAGCCUAUCGUUAGCCAAUAACUCGAACGAAUACGCUCUGUUUAAACCGCGCGAGAUCGCAGUUCUCGCACGGGUACCCAUUGCGUGAGUGAAGUGUCACCCGUCUUUUUUCAUACAUUAAACUAUAUCGGUUUAUUGGUAGCAGACUAACACAGUGACGACGAUGACGACGACGACGACGACGACGACGACGACGACGACGAUAACCGGAAUAUUGGCAACUGCAUUAACAAUAUUUUGUCACGCCAACAAAUCAACCCGCCAAUACCGCGUUACAUCCUUUGGCAAACAUACGAUUUCUUUGCGUCUGCCAUACGUGAUGGCAGAUAACCCAAAUAAAAUAGAUAAAAAGAAACGAAUGUGUGUGUGCGCAUGGGUGGGUCGUAAUAAUAAUACCGACUCUAGUUAGUAGUGGGUCGCGCGAUGGGAAUUCUGCUACGACAAUAAUAGCAACACGAACAGCAAAAAGAAAGGACAAUAACAACAACAACAACAACAACAACAGCAAAAUACUGAAGAAGCAACUCUAUAUAUAACGGUACAUAAAGGUACAUGUAGAUUUGAACGAUAAUUGGUGAUUUUAGCUGCGCAUUAGAAAAAGCGUCCGCAGCGGAAAUGGCAGAAGUAAAGAAAGCGAGAUAAUGACACGAUGAUGAUGCUAAAAAAAAAAACAAUGUAUGGAUUAUAAAAAAUCGUAUAAACAAUAUAAAUAUAUACUAAGCAGUAGGUAUAAAUGUGGCCGACUACAGCUGAGGGUUCUCGCAACAAACGUGCCGAACCGAGGUGUGGAACCUUCGUAAACUUCGGAACUCACAGGACAAUUAAACCACGAGAUGCUAACAGCACAUUUAUAGAAAUUAGCAAAAUAUCGCAGUAAGCGAACUAGAGAAGGAGCUGAAGGAGCGGUGUGCCUCGAGAAGGAACCCGAUCGUAAACGAAACAAGGAACAUCGAGAAAUACUGACCUCGAAAGUCUUAGAGCAGCGUUCAUGUAGAGACUAUCUGAUUGACUGAACGAAACAAACGCGUCCUCUGCAGCGGCUCUCUAUUUGAAGUUAGCUGUGCUAAACUGGAUGCGUAGACAAACAACAUAGACCGAUUCAAUUGGCACCAAUAAAGCUACGAACA